AUGCAGUCCUUCUUCGUUACCCGAGUCACGAUGACACUGGAAAUCCCCGUUACGCCGGAACCUUCGCUAUGCGUCCCACUGUUUGACCUGUCUCCAUUUGAUGCCGGCAGCGUGGAUUCGUUCGUGAGGGACAGACAUCAAUGUUCGGAGCAUGCUUCGCAUGACCUCGCCUCUCGUUCCUUCGAUCCGCGAGGUUUUGUCACAAAGACCCUGCAGCAAAAUCGCAUCAAGGGUCUCACAUCUUGGCAUUCCAACAAUUCGGUAGAAGCGACUCAACCUAACAAAAGCAAUGGCCAAAAAAUGCGCCUCGAACGCCUACCUCACGUCAGUCCUAACGAUGCGAUUCUUGCAUCUCGACCUGACGAUCCGGAGCGAAGCAGACAUAUUCACAUGACAACUUGGGCGGCUUGA